AGAGUUGGAGACUGAAAGUGUAAUCCCAGCGCAAAGUCGGCACUAAAACCCCAGCGCUUUAUUGGAUUCUCUCGUAUUGUGUUCACCCAAAAGCGAGACUUCAUUUGGCAUUUCAAAUCACUUCACUAUAAUAUUAUACAACCAGUUAUUAUAGUGUGUGUCGUGUAUUAGUAUUAACACACAAAUACCAAUUCCGCGAAAUUCUUAAUCCCAAACAAUCAAUUAGAGAGAAAAAGUAUAGACCACUUCGGCUCUACUCGUAAGGGAGUGAGAGGAAGUGAUGGAGCCGUCGUUUGACGCGCUUUUUAUGCCCAAUACUAAUAAGACUAACCAUACAUUUCAAGACUAUGAGUACGAAAUCGAGGAAUCGUUUGCGAGUUUCAACUUAUGGGAUCUCAUACCCACCGCCAUUGUCUACGGUCUCACACUGUUUGCCGGUCUCAUCGGCAAUGGUCUCAUCGUGUAUACAGUGGUGCACUUCAGGCGAAUGCGAACCCUUUCCAAUGUAUUCUUAGCGAGUCUUGCUUUCGCUGAUCUCUUAUUGAUAUGUGUUUGCGUUCCCGUCAAG